AUGAGGUCCCUGCGUCAGUACUCGUUCCAGCGCGUGCGGGACUCGGGCCCCGUGCCGGACGUGCCGGACCUGCGUAACGACCUGGCCUUCCUGCUGCACAUGGCCGAUCAGUACGACCCCCUGCUGGCGCAGCGGCUGUGCGUGUUCCUGUCGCCCGUCAGCGAGACGCAGCUGCUGGAGGAGAGCCUGGAGCGCCGCUGGGACGGGGAGCGGCUGCGCGCCAUGAUGACCUCCGACCCCCGCGGCCGCGCCCAGCUGCAGCUGGUGGCCCUGCCGCGCCUGCCCGGCGCCCUCUUCUCCCUCGCCCACCUGCAGGUGCUGAAGCUGGAGCUCAUCGCCCACGCCAAGCUCACCGCGCAGGUGUCCAACAUGACCUCACUCAGGGAGUUGCACCUGUACCACUGCCCCGCCGCGGUGGAGCCGGGAGCCCUGCCGGUGCUCCAGGAGCGCCUGGAGGCCCUGCACCUGACCGUCGCCCGGGCCUCGGAGGUCCCCGGCUGGGCCUACACCCUGCGGGGCCUACAGGAGCUGCACCUGACCGGGCGGGUGUGCGGGGAGGGCGGGGCGGGGGCGGGGGCGGGCCGGGGCUGGGCGCUGGGCAGCCUCCGGCAGCUGAGGCACCUCCGGGCGCUGGUCCUGCGGGGGGCGCUGCUGCAGCGGGUGCCCGGGGAGCUGGCGGACGUGGCGGGCAGCCUGGCGCGGCUGGAGGUGCACAACGAGGGCGCGCGGCUGCUGGCGCUGACGGGGCUGCGGCGGCUGGCGGCGCUGUCCGAGCUCAGCCUCCAGGGCUGCCAGCUGGAGUGCCUGCCCUCCGCCCUGCUGGCCCUGGGAGGACUGCGCAGCCUGGACCUGUCCCACAACGCCCUGCGCACCCUGGAGGGCCUGCUGGGCCUGCAGCGCCUCCGGCGGCUGGCCACGCUGCGGCUCGCGCACAACCGCGUGCUGGCGCUGCCGGGCAGCGUGGGGAUGCUCCGCGCCCUGGAGGUGCUGGACCUGGGCCACAACCGCCUGAAGGGCCUGCCCGGCGCCCUGUUCACGCUGCCCCGGCUGCGCUGCCUCCUGGUGGCCGGCAACCUCCUGGAGGACCUGCCGUCGGAGGUGGCGGCGCUGACGGCGCUCGCCGAGCUCGACCUGAGCGCCAACAAGCUGGAGACGCUCCCCGCGGGCCUGCCCCCCCGCCUGCGCACGCUGGACGUGUCCCACAACUCCCUGGGGGCGCUCCCCGCCGGGCUGGGGGCGCUGGGGGAGCUCGCGCGGCUGGACGUCCGGGGGAACAGCCUGGAGGCGCUGCCCGCGGAGCUGGGGUCCUGCGCGGGGCUGAGGGGCGGAGGGCUGCUGGCGGAGAGCUGGCUCCUGCUCUCCCUGCCCGCCCCCGUCCGGGAGCUCCUGCUGCGGCCCGACCCGCCCGCUGGGCCGGUGACCACGGAGACGCGCUCCCGCCCAAACUCGGACACCUUCCCCACCUUCUCGGCGGCCCAGUGGUGCUUCCAGUCCGCUUUGGAGUCCCGGAUAUAGAGACCGAUACAGACACAAAUGUGCAGAUAGAUAGGUAGAUCUCAGCGCUUAACAGUGAUGAGGGGGGAAACUCGACUCAAACCACCACCAGCAUCCACGUGGGUGAUGCAUGGCAGCCAUUUUGUGCCAGAGCACUCACCACACACCAGCUGGUGGAAAGGGAGAGAACAAUGUUUUUGCCAUUUGAAUCAGGGGAUGUUUGGUGGCAGGUUGAAAGAGCCAGGUAUGGACUUUUUAGCCAGGACAAUGGGAACCCCCGACUCUUUACGAAGAGUGUCGCGGGAUCUUUAACAUGGCUGACCAUGAGUAUUAUUCAGUUCAAUGUAAAUGAGUUCUGAAUUUCCCCAUACAUUCCCUGGGCUUGAAACUCAUGGGGGUGGCCUUUAGCCUCCAUUUUGUAGAAAGGGUGUAAGUGUAGGUGUAUUUGUGUAUGCUACUUGACUGGGACCUGGAAGGUUGGUGGUUCAAACCCCAGUGUAGCCACAGUAAGAUGUCUGCAGCUGUUGGGCCCUUGAGCAAGCCCCUUACCCCCACAUUGCUCCAGGAGGGAUUGUCCCCAGCUCAGUCUCAUCUACAUUAAGUCACUUCGGAUAAAAGCGUCAGCUAAAUAACUGUAAUGUUGCAUCAGUUAGGAUCGAAAAUGUGUUCCAUGCCAUGUCUUUACCUGCUGAAGAAUGUUAAAGUUGUUCUGCCAGCUGGUUGAGGCAAGAGGGGUGUGCCAAAAACAUGCCACAAAAAAGCACCCCGCCCCCCCGACCAUGGUCACAAUGGCACUCCCUACUCUCAUUGUCAAACGCUGACGCACCCUCCAAAUGCUGGAAAGGGCCAGAAUUUUUUUUUUGGGGGGGGGCCAGGGGUUGAGGGAACAGGGCUAUUAAUUCUCGAUCUGGCCCCAGCUCAGCACCUGACUAACAGCCAGGGGAAUGUCAGUCUGCCCCCCUCAGCUGGGCUGACCCCAUGCAGGGGGGGGCGGCGAGGGUCGAGGAGAUGAAAAGCCGGCCCCCUCUCUUUUGUCCGGAAACUCAAACGCUCCACAGCUUGAGGGAAUGAAGACGGAAUGCCAAUAAACUGGAGAUCAGCCUCAGAUCGGAACUGUAUUCCAGUUUAUUUUGCUAGCGCUUUUGUUUUUUGUUUUUUUACAUUGGAAAAGAAGGGAAGUACGUACAUACACGCACUACAUUUUUAUUAAGACGUUGUGCUUACGUAUGCUACUUCUAAGGUUCAAUUCAGAAGAUGCUAACUUUUUGCACAACUCAGUGUAAAGCAGUACUUUCAAACUAAUUUAGAUAGAUAUACAGUAUAUCUAUGUCUGGGUCUGUUUUGAAGGUAUUUUUUCAGCUUUUGAAUGUACAGUCUUCAGUGUCUAUUACAAUACUUUGUGUGUGUGUGUGUGUUUGUGACUUAACGAGUGAGUGAUAAAAAAAAAGACCUGACUUAUACCUGAAUACAUGUUUGCAUCAAAAGGACUUUUUGGAUUAGAAAGACAGGGCUGCAAACCUGAUAAGUCAGGUAAUAAUUCAGGGGGCAGCCUGUAGCCUAGGGGCUAAGUUGCUUGACUGGAACCCAGAAGGUUGGUGGUUCAAACCCCAGUGUAGCCACGAUGAGAUCAGCUGUGGGCCCUUGAGCAAGGCCCCUUAACCCCAAAUUGCUCCAGGGGGGAUUGGCCCCUGCUUAGUCAAAUGAACUGUAAGUCGCUUUGGAUAAAGUGUAACUAAAUAACUGUAAUGUAAUAAUUCAAAAGUAACAUCUACAGUAUCUCGUUUUAGUUUAUCUUUUGAUAUAAAAAAAAAAAUGUCUGUGUGUCUAUGUGUUAGUCUGUGAGUCUGAGAUGACAGGGGUUCAAAACGCAGAGGAAAAACAAACUCAUCCUACAUCCCGGGAGGUCAGCCUCUGUUGCUUAUUUAUCAUCAGUGCACUUUGACCUCUGACCCCUGCUGGGUGAACCUCACUGAAACAGACCCAGACUGGAUCAGAGCUUUCAGCCCAGCCACAUACAGCUGUUGCCCCUCCCCCCACCCCAUUCCAACCCCCUUCCAAACACAAACCAAUCACCCCCCCCCCCCCCCCCACCGCCGACACCCCACCCCCGCAUUGCAACACUAUGCCCUUGACAAUGGUCUUAUGUCCCAACCCUCCCUCACCCCCAACAGCCCAAUCUCCCAGUUCCCCACCUCCAGAUACACUUUAGAAUGCCCUCCAACCUUCAGGGUGUUGAAUUCCCUGGUUAUGGGUAUGCACUUUGCACUUUGCAGUACGUCGCUCUGGAGAAGAGCAUCUGCCAAAUGCCAAUAAUGUAAGGUGAUGCAAUGAAUUUAUGUCCCAGAGUACUGCUGUGUCUUCAUCCAGACAUCCCCCCCCAUGGACAAGGACAAGGAUGUGGAGCCUCUGAGUGCCAAAAGGGUUGGGGGGGGCAAAACUCAACAACAGCUGAAGUCACAGAAAGAAACAAACACAUGGCAUAUAAUGGUUAUGGAGCUGUACUGAAGAGACUGCAUGGUCAUAUCUUGAGUGAGGCAUUGCCAUUGUAGGCCUCCCUGCACCUGUAUUUGUCCCACUGUAUAAAUGGCCAGUAUGCAAAAAUAUACAUGAAGAACGGCAUGUUCUAAG